AUGCAACGUCUCUCAUCCGAGACGGUGUCCCUACUCGAUACUCUCCUGUGCGUAGGAGCUGCGCCGACGUUUUCGACUGCAGGCGUGAUAUAUCCCAAGGCGGCUCACCCGUUCGACAGUCCAGAUGCAGACGUCGUAUUUCGCUCCUCCGACAAAGUGGAUUUUCGCGUACACAGCAUCAUCCUUUCCAUCGCGUCUCCUAUCUUCGCAGGAGUACGGUUUCCAAAGUCAACCCAGUCCAACUCGGCGGAGCAGCCCUGGACGCCCCUGGCUAUCGAGGUGCAGGAGCACUCGACGACUUUAGAUUGCCUCUUCCGCCUCUGCUACCCCGUUACCGACCCAACCUUUGACGACUUGAAGAGUGUUCGCGUCGUGUAUGAGGCCGCAAAGAAAUACCGCAUGAGCGAGGCCGUGUCCCUCAUGCGGACGACACUCCAGUCAUUCAUCCCGCAGGCCCCCCUCCGCGUCUGGGCCAUCUCGUGCAUCCUCGAGCUGGAGAAGGAGGCCCACGCUGCGGCAGACCACCUUUUAAAAUUCAAAUUCCCUUCGGCCGCCAUCGCGGAGUACCACGAAGUGUACGCUGGCGCGUACUUCCGUUUGCGGCGCUACCUCAACAAGGGCGUCGCGGAUGCGAACUAUACCUUCUGCGCCCUCGACCCUGACGAAGCCGCCGCCUUGCCCGCCCUGGGCUCAUUGUACCUCUCUGAGUCCGACAUCGGUAUCUUCUCCGACUACGCCGACGUGACCUGCCGCGCCCGGGAUGGCGCGGACUUCGCCGCCCACAAAGUCGUCCUGGCCAUGUCAUCGACGCUCCUCGCCGACAUGAUCAAAGGUGCGGACCGGCGCUUCGAGAAGAGCCCGUCUUCCGCGGAUAGGAGGAGUAGCUCCGGUUCCAGCCACACAACGCCCGUCGACCGCCCUGUCCUCCGCUUUUCGUGCACCGGCCCCGUCCUCAAGAAGCUGCUCUCUCUCUGCUACAACCCGACGUCUUCGUGGCUUCGGAAGAUUAGCGUCGCCGGCCUAGUCUCGCUCAUGGUCUAUGCGCGGGAGUACAGAAUGGAUCGCGUCCUCGACAUCGUCUCGAAGGAGUUCCGCGAGGCGUCCGCCUCCCUCGCUCUGCCGUGCUAUCUGCUCGCCACAAAUCAUUUGUUCGACAAGGAGAAGGCGAUGGCGGAGUUCUGGAUCUGUGAGGACCCCUUGCGUCACGGGUACGUGCGGGAGAUGGAGUCUGUGAAGGCAUGGGCAUAUCACGAGCUGGUGGAGAAGCACCGUGCACUCAAACACUCGAAGGUCUCGGAGGUCGCAACACGCAAAGCGCCUAGGAAAGGCACCAACGCUGCGCCGGCUCUAACCUCCUCUAACCAUUAG